UAGAGGUGGAGCUGUCUCUAUGGCUGCAGAGGACGCUGUGGUAACGCUAAUCUUCUUGCUAAAGAUAACCAGAAAAGAAAGUUUGUAUAUUAACGUCAGUUGAAAAGACUGUGCACGACUGAUAUCAGGUCGACAUCGCCAUGUAUCACAAAGAAAAGAGCAUACAGAUCAAAAACAGCGCGUCAGCCCUGUACAACAACCUGAGCGUGCUGCGCAUCGCCCCGCGGAGCCUCACCUACUUCACAGUGGUCCACGCCAAUGUGGUCAACAUGGUCAGCGCGUCCUGGGACGGCCUCAACUACUCCCACCGGCAGCUGCAGUCCAAGGAGCCAAACGUCGCCACCAGCACCUCACUGAUUAUGCAGGCAGCCUGGUGUGUCCUGCCCUCUCGUGAUCUCCUGGUACUGACUUCCCAAAAGGGCAUCCAGAUGUACGAGUCUGAUGGCUCCAUCAUGGUCUACUGGCAUGCACUGGAUACUCCGGAAACCCCUACAGCUCAGGCCGUGUUUGCCCGAGGGAUAGCAGCAGUGCGGGAGAAAUAUAUCUGUGUGGGUGUGUCGUCUGGUGCGAUGCUGGUGUUUGACAUUCCCACUAAAGGCAGCAAUAUCACCCUGGCUGAGGUCCUGGAAGAGCACAAGGAGUCCAUCACGGACAUGGCCUCAGAAUGCUCUGGAAGCCUGGAGUGUAUCGCUGACCUGGUCAGUGCAGAUGAUGCUGGCAACCUGUGUGUCUGGAAGUCUGGAGAGGAAUUUCAGCUGCUCAACAAGAUCCCUGGCUUUGAUAUGUGCUGUUCAUCUGUCAAGUUGUGGAAAGGCACAGUAGUGGCAGGUUAUGGCACAGGCCAAAUCCGUCUCUAUGAGGCUGUGACGGGAAUCCUGCAUGCUGAGGUCAGUGCUCACGCUCGCUGGAUCUACUCCCUGGACAUUGCUCCAUUUUCUGGACUGCUUCUGUCUGCUGCUGAGGACUCUCUGGUGAGAGUAUGGCACCUGACCCAGACCCCAGAGACCAACAGUGUGGAGAUUGCCCAUAUGUACAACGAGUGUGUGACAGACACUCAGAUCUGCGGAGCCAAGUUCUGUGACGGUGAUGGUUAUGCCUUUGCAGUGACAGGCUACGAUCUGAGUGAGAUUAUCCGCUACACACAGACAUAGGGCAUUGCCUUCGUUGAGAGUGAUUAGUGUAUGAGGAUAAAACUGAUAUGUAGGUGUGUUAUUGCAACAAAACAAUGUGACUCAGAGAACGCGCCGAGUCCAGAAUAGUCAGGUUAGGGUCCCUCUGAGAUUCUACAAGGACACACAUUCACUGAGUAUAAUCUCUUUGGGAGAAGUGCGAUUUUGUUGCAUUUCAGGGGUGAUAUCUGCCAAGGUUAGAUGCAGAUGAACAUUCUCUUCUGUUUGAAACCGAAUUAUUCUUUGUUCAUUUGCAUAGGCUGGUGAAAAAACAUCCAGAAACCAUAUUGUUGAAUGUGAUUUUGUUCCAUCUCUUCAUUAUGUGAAAUUGUUGCUGCAAUAUAGAGAUAACAGUGAUGUAUGAAUAUUCAUCUCUGUAUUUUCGACAAAAUAAUUUUUUUGUCGAAAAUACAAACUUUUUUUAGUACUGUUUUUGUGUCUAUAAUAUAGACACGUAUUGUUUAUAGUAGAAUAAUGCAUACAGUGUCUCUUUAAAGUCAUACUAAGUAAACAUGUUUACACAUAUGUGAAUGUAGCUUUAAAAAGUAAUGAAACAUUCCAUUUUACAUAAAGCCUUUAAUAUUGCAUUGCAGCUAUCAAACAACGGUAUAAAUAAACUUUAUUUAUUACAGAA